GUUUCUUCCAAGUCUUGUUUAGUCUUUCUGAGGAAGAUGGCGGAAUCAUCGGCGGCGGCAGCAGCAGCAGCACCGAGGUCGGAUGCGGAGACGGAGGAGUUGCUGGAUCGAAUGCUUACUCGGCUGGCGCUCUGCGACGACUCCAAACUCGAAGCCUUGCUCUCGAAGCUCCUCCCUCUCACCAUCUCCUCACUCUCCUCUCAGUCUCUAGCCGUCCGCAACAAGGUGCGGAGGAAAUUUCUUAUCUGUUCUUGUCAGUUCAAAUUAGGAAGAUAGUUGAAUUUCGUGUUUCCGUUGGAAAUUAUCUGUAGACUGUUGUCUUGCAUUUUAAUGCUUAUGAAGCUUUUAUUUCUCGACCUUUUCUCUUUAGAAACAGGAAUUGAUUACCUUAUUGCAGGAUAAAAUGGAGGUGUAAAC